UCUUCGCCCCCCCCUCCUUCACCGCCGCUGUGUGGAAAAUGGCGGCCAAGGGAGCGGUGUUGCCCCCGCCGCCCGCUAAGGAGGGAGAACCUGAGGCGCUCAAUAGCAUUGAAAUGGAAAGCCUCAGGGCAGAUGUGGAAAUACCUGAGGAAGAAGUAAAAGGCAAAAAGGAAGAAACAGAGCAAGAGUCUAUAAAACAGCCUAACAACAGUAACCUAUUGGAUGCAUCAUCUGACUCUCCAAGAGAGAAGCAUAUUUCAAUCCAAAGAACACUUGCCGAUUUAGAGAAACUGGCUGACCUGCAGGAAGGUUGUCUAAUCUCAGCUGCUUCCCAGAAUGCAGAUCACUCUGUGGCAGGAGCUGGCAAGAAGUCCUGUCCACUGUGCCCUGAAGAGAAGUUCAAAGCUUGUUAUAGUCACAAGCUCCAUCGCCACCUACAGAAUCUCCACUGGAAAGUGUCUGUUGAAUUUGAAGGCUACAGAAUGUGCAUCUGUCACUUACCUUGCCGCCCUGUUAAACCAAAUGUUGCUGCAGACCAGAUAAAAAUGGAAGCUCAUUAUCACUGCAUUAUCUGUUCGGCAACUAUUACCCGAAGGACAGAUAUGAUAGGGCAUAUUAAACGUCACGUGAAUAAAGGAGAAACUGAAUCAAGGUUUAUGCCAGCCCCUGCUCCCAAAUCUACAUAUGAAAUACUAAAAGAAGCAGAUACAGAUGUGCAAGUCCUUCCUAAUUAUUCCACCCCACAGAAAACUGAUUCUUAUUUUAAUCCUAAAAUGAAACUUAACAGGCAACUCGUAGUCUGUGCACUAGCUGUUCUAGCAGAGGAACGGAAACCUUUGGAAUGUCUGGAUGCUUUUGGAGCCACUGGUAUAAUGGGAUUACAGUGGGCAAAGCACCUUGGAAAUUCCGUGAAGGUCACAAUUAAUGACUACAAUGAAAAUUCUGUAGGAAUGAUACAGGAGAACUGUCACUUAAAUAAAAUGAAAGUAGUGAUGAACUUCAAAGAGGAGGAAGACUGUGAUGAAACAAUAGAAGAAGGGGAGGAAAACUUGCCUGCCAUUGAAGUGACAAAAAUGGAUGCCAAUGUCAUCAUGCACUUGAGAGCAUUUGAUUUUAUACAUCUGGACCCAUUUGGGUCAUCAGUGAACUAUCUAGAUGCAGCUUUCAGAAAUGUAAGAAACCUUGGAAUUGUGUCAGUGACAUCAACAGAUAUCAGUUCUCUCUAUUCAAAGGCCCAGCAUGUGGCCCAGCGUCACUAUGGCUGCAACAUUGUCAGGACGGAGUAUUUCAAGGAACUGGCUGCUAGGAUGGUAGUUGCUGCUGUGGCAAGAGCUGCUGCGCGAUGCAACAAAGGCAUUGAAGUUUUGCUCGCUGUGGCUCUCGAACAUUUUGUCCUAGUGGAGGUGAGAGUAUUGAGGGGGCCGUCUCCUGCAGAUGAUACUGUGAAGAAAAUCCGGUACCUACUCCACUGUCAGUGGUGUGAGGAAAGGGUAUUCAAGAAAGAUGGGAACAUGAUAGAAGAGAACCCUUACCGGCAGCUCCCAUGUGACUGCCACAGCCGCAUGACAGGCAAGACAGCAGUGGAACUUGGUCCUCUGUGGUCAGGAUCCCUCUUCAACACUGGAUUUCUCAGAAGAAUGUUGUUUGAAGCCGUUCAGUAUGGUUUAGAAGACAUCCAGACUCUUCUAAAAACACUAAUAUGUGAAGCAGAGUGCACAAUUCUCAAGCAGUUUUCAAUCCAUGGUCCUACCAGCCAGAACAAACAAGAAGAAUGUGGUGUGAUUAUUAAGACACCAGAUACCGCAGAUUACUACGUUGUACAUGGAAAAAGAAAAAAUAAUGAAAACAGCCAAAAUGGAACAAAGCGCCAGAAAUCAGAAAGCAAUGCUGAGCACCCUGCCUUUUAUUACAAUAUUCACAGGCACAGCAUUAAAGGAAUGAACAUGCCAAAGUUAAAUAAGUUCUUGCAUUAUCUCUCUCAAGCUGGCUAUCGAGUAAGCCGGACUCAUUUUGAUCCAAUGGGUGUUCGAACUAAUGCCCCCCUGGUGCAGUUUAAAUCUAUCCUUGUGAAGUACAGUACACCCACCUAUAUGGGAGGGCAAUCCGAGGGCUCUCUGCAGGCUUCUGACGAGUCUCAGGUAGGAGCUGAUGGUGACUUUGCCGAAGAAAGCACAUAAAGUAACCUGCAAAAAUGGUCCUAUUUGAAGAUUUGUGUUAUAAAUGAACCAACCAUCUCCUUAAGAUGUAGUAUUUUGUUUGUGACCCUUCAGCUUUUUUACCUGUUUCAGGACACUUUUAGAAGACCAUUGAAGAGCACCUGUGCUCGGAUUAAUAUCACAGUUCAGCUACAAACUGUUAUUUAUAUGUUAAUGCAUCCUUUAAGGUUAUUCUACAGUGACCACAAACUUCCCUCUCCUUUUAAUUCCUU